AAUUGUAUUUUUGGAACACUAAGUUCAGAUUAAGAAAGAGAAAUUAGAGAUAUUGAAGAAAGUAAAUGAGAAGUUUAGUUCCACUGAUCCUCAUCUCCCUGGGCGUCUUCAUCUUCUACACCUUCCACCACUCCUCUCUCCCUUCCUCAAUCCUCCACUUUUCCCAACCCUAUUCCUUUCACUUUCCUCAUCAAGCUCCUCGCCUUCAACCGCCUCGCCUCGCUCUCCCGCUGCCUCCGCUCCCUCGCCGCCGCCGACUACCUCGCCGACCGCGUCCACCUCCAUCUCCACAUUGACCAUUUCGCCCCCGACAACGCUUCCCACGUCGACCCCAAGCUCCUCCAAGCGCAUCGAAUUCUGGAGUUCGUCGAUGGCUUCGAUUGGAAGUUUGGGGAUAAGGUUGUGCAUUACAGAACGGCCAAUGUGGGCCUGCAGGCCUAGUGGCUGGAGGCCUGGUGGCCCAAUUCCGAUCACGAGUUCGCUUUCGUCGUGGAGGAUGACUUGGAGGUUUCGCCGCUUUACUAUGAGUUCGUCAAGGCGUUGAUUAUGAAUUUCUAUUACAAUGCCUCCAAUCAUAGCCCUUCCAUCUUUGGAGUUUCGCUUCAACGUGCAAGGUUUGUUCCAGGGAUUAGAAGUUCGGAGCAGAGAACAUAGCUGGCAAUGGAAACUGAGCUUUGGGAUGGAGAUAGGAGACUGGAUCAGUUGGGUGUGUCCCUCAUGAGUUGACAAUCAGGAGAGAGUAGAAAUCAUGUUAAGAAAAGACCCAUGAGGUAAACAUGGAAACAAAUUACAGUUGGAUGACAAGACAAGGCUUUUCUUAUACCAGUUAGUUGGUACAUGGGGUUAAAUUCUCUUUCCUAAGCCGUGGAAAGAGUUCAGGCUGUGGUAUGAUGAGAACAAGGCAAAGGGCAAUCGUCCAUUUCUUGAGGGAAUGGUGACUACAGGAUGGUAUAAGAAAAUGGGAGAGAGAAUUUGGGCACCUUGGUUCAUAAAGUUUAUUCAAUCCCGUGGUUAUUUCAAUAUCUACACAAAUCUUCUGCAUGAGAGAGCACUAAGCGUUUCUCACAGGGAUGCUGGAGUAAACUACGGGAAAACUGCUGGACCUGAUUCUAAAUUACUAGAGGAAAAGUCUCUGGACUUCAAUAUUUUGGAAAUGCAACCUUUGAGUUGUUUAAAAUGGUUUGAUUUUUGUUUCAGAGAAGUACAUCCUGGAAAGGUUGUCACUAACCUGGAAGAACUUGGAUCGUUGCUUCACUCUCUGCAGAAACAGAGUAGUGUCUUCUUAGUAAAUCUUUUUGGGGUAUCGGAUGCUAUAGCAAGAAACUUACUAUGCCACUUUAAGAGGCUAGAUAUCAGGAAUUAUAUACUUAUGGGCCCUCCAUCUGGCUCCUUAUUUGAUCUGGCAAGGAGGGGACAUCCUGUAAUUAACGUUGACCAAUUUAUAAGUAGUGUUGGAUUGUCUAAAUUCACUUCGCAUGGUUCGAGUUUUGAGACCAUCAAGGGCAUUUUGACAAAGGCUUAUGUAGUUAAGAAGUGUAUCGAGAAUAGGUAUAACAUGUGGGUUAUGGAUGGGAGCAUGCUUCUCACUUCAGACCUCUUGUCUGAGUCUGAACCUCCCAAUGAUGACUUCUUUGUUGCAAACAACUUGGAAGUCUUUUAUGCUAAAAGCUCAACUUUUAAUCAGAAAAUCUGGGUUGAUGGCUUUGUGUCCAGGGUUGUAGCCAUGGCAAGAAAAGAUUCUGCAACCCAUAGUAGCUUAAGCUUUGUGUAUGUUGUAACAAAACUAUUGGAACAGAAUGGUGCGAGGAUUAGAAGAGUUGAUGAGACUUCUUUUGCCGCAAAGAUUGGCUCUGGUAGUGAAACUUCUCUUCGGGAUAAGAAGUUGGUAUAUUGGUCAAGUGAGAUGGAGCUGAAUUCAAUUCAGAAAUGGCUCGAAGAGUUCAAUUUGUGGAGCAUAGACAGUGUUUUGUCUUGCACCGCGGUGGUUUGCCACAAAUCAUAGCCUUUUAUGGCAUCUAUAAUAUUUUUACAUCUUAUUUUUUACUUUGCUAUUACUAAUUUUGACUUUUUAAUUGCCCA